GCACGCUCUCGCGGCCAACCGUGCCGUGUGCUGCGCGCCUGACUCAGUGCGCACUUGUCGCUAGCGCAUCCGCUUCGCCAUCGCUCGGGCGCAAGCGUUCGCUGACCAGCACUUGCCUAGCGAGGGCAAAAAAACCAAGGUUGCAGGCCAGUCAGAGAGCGCGAGCUUGCCGCGCACUCGUUGCAAUAAUCGCACGCAUUGACAAAGAAAAAUGCGUCGCCGCGGCGCGUCGCUGCUCUUUGCGGCCGCCACUGCAGCGGCGCUGAGCCCUCCAAACCGCAGCGUCAAAGCGCCGUCUGCGAGACAGGCCACGACCGCAGUAAGAGGAGGCGUCCUGCGCGCCUACGACUCGUUGCUGAAGAGGCGGCCGCUGCCCACGAAAAUGGCGUCGUCUGGGGCCGCGUCGGCGUUGGGCGACGCCCUCGCACAGACGAUCGUCGGCAACACCUACGACCCGCGCCGUACGUUGGUGUUUGCGGCCAUCGGGGUCUUUUACUUCGCGCCCUUAUUGCACCUGUGGUACAAGGCGCUGCAUAAGCUUGAGAAAAGCGGCGUCGCUUCCGGGCGAUUUACGAGGAGGCAAAUUAUAGGACUACAACUCCUCAUGAACCAGAGUAUUGGAGCGAUGUGCGCGAAUGGAGGCUUCUUCUACGCCUACGCCGCGUUCGACCGGUGGCUGCCCGGCGGCGGCAACGCUCCUAUUUUAGAGACGGCGUCGAAGGCGUUCCACCGGAAGUUCUGGAGGAUCAUGAAGGCGAACUGGGUCGUCUGGCCGCUGCCCUCCUUCGUCAACCUGGCGCUCGUGCCGCUGGACUACCGCGUGCUGUUCAUGAACUGCUUUGCGGUCGUGUGGAAGUGCGUGCUGUCAUUAUUGACGCGGGCUGGGGCCUAACACUAGUGUUGUUGUUUA